CUUCCGGGUCCCAGGCGGAGGGCACCGCUGGAGCCGCGGGCGGCGCGACGUCCCCAGGACCAUGGGAGACCACCUUGAUCUUCUCUUAGCAGUGGUGCUCAUGGCCAGGCCUGUGUGUGGGGUCUCUCCCUGCUCCUGUGAUGGUCGGAUGGCUGUGUAUCUUUCCUGCAACCUCACCCAGGUCCCCCCGGUCCUCAACACCACCGAGAGGCUCCUGCUAAGCUUCAACUAUAUCAGGACAGUCACUGCCUCGUCAUUCCCCUUCCUGGAGCAGCUGCAGCUGUUAGAACUGGGGACCCAGUAUAACCCCCUUUCUGUUGGCAAAGAGGCCUUCAGAAACCUGCCCAAUCUCAGGAUCCUGGACCUGGGCGGAAGUAAGAUCAACUUCUUGCAUCCAGAUGCUUUCCAGGGGCUGUCCCAUCUGUUCGAACUGAGACUGUUUUCCUGUGGUCUCUCUGAUGUUGUGCUGAAAGAUGGUUAUUUCAGAAAUUUAAAGUCUUUAACUCGCUUGGACUUAUCCAUAAAUCAGAUUGAAAGCCUUUACUUUCAUCCUUCAUUUCAGGAAUUGAAUUCCUUAAAGUCCAUAGAUUUUUCCCUCAACCAAAUACACACUCUAUGUGAUAGUGAACUCAAGCCCCUCCACGGGAAAACACUCUCCUUCAAACUUGCAGCUAAUGGACUGUACCGCACCGUUGCAGUGGACUGGGGGAAAUGCACCAACCCAUUUAGAGACAUGGUGCUGGAGACCCUGGAUGUUUCAGAGAAUGGCUGGACAGUGGACACUACAGGAAACUUCAGCAAAGCCAUCAGUGGAAGCCAUAUUUUCUCUUUGAUUCUUUCCUACCACAUCAUGGGUUCUGGGUUUGGCUUCAACAACAUCAAAGAUCCUGACCGGAACACAUUUGCAGGCCUGGCCAGAAGCUCGGUGACACGGCUGGAUCUUUCACAUGGGUUUAUCUUCUCCCUGAACUCCCGACUCUUUGAGACACUCAAGGACUUGAAGCUUCUGAACCUUGCCCACAACAAGAUAAACAAGAUUGCAGAUGAAGCAUUUUACGGACUUGAUAACCUCCAACUUCUCAAUAUGUCCUAUAACCUUCUGGGAGAACUUUAUAAUUCAGAUUUCUAUGGACUAACUAAUGUAGCUUAUGUUGAUCUGCAAAAGAAUCACAUUGGAAUAAUUCAAGACCAAACAUUCAUACUCCUGAAAAAAUUAAAUACCUUGGAUCUCCGAGACAAUGCUCUUAAAACCCUUUCUCUUGUUCCAAGAAUAUCUACUAUUUUCUUGGGUGGAAAUAAGCUGACGACUUUGCCAAGGACCAGCCUUACAGCUAACUUCAUCCAGUUAUCAGAGAACAGGCUAGAAAAUAUGGAUGAACUCUACUUUCUUCUUCAGAUACCUCACCUCCAGAUUCUCGUCUUAAAUCAAAAUCGCUUAUCUUUUUGUACGCAAAGUCCUACCCCUUCAAAGAAUCUCAGCUUAGAACAACUUUUCCUUGGAGAAAAUAUGUUGCAACUUGCCUGGGAAGCUGGGCUUUGUUGGGAUGUUUUUAAAGGUCUUUUCCAUCUUCAAAUUCUAUAUUUGAAUAAUAACUACCUUAAUUUCCUUCCACCAGGAGUGUUCAGUGAUUUGACUGCAGUAAGGGCACUCAGCCUCGGCUCCAACAGGCUGACAGUUCUUUAUUCUGACCAUCUGCCUGCUAAUUUAGAAAUCUUAGAUGUAUCCAGAAACCAACUCCUCGUUCCCAAUCCUGAUUUAUUUGUGUCGCUUAGUGCCUUGGACAUAACUCGUAACAAGUUUAUUUGCCAGUGUGAACUUAGCCCUUUUAUCAAGUGGCUUAAUCAAACCAAUGUCACUAUAUUUGGGUCUCCUGAGGACAUAUCCUGCACAUACCCUGCCUCGCUCUCUGGGGUCUCCCUCCGCUCUAUUUCCACAGAAGGUUGUGAUGAAGAGAAAGUCUUAAAGUCCCUACAAUUUUCCCUUUUCAUCUUCUUCACUGUCACUUUGACUCUCUUCCUCAUGGCUGUCCUCAUAGUCACAAAGUUCCGGGGCUUUUGUUUCAUCUGUUACAAGACAGCCCGGAGGCUGGUGUUGAAGGACCGUCUGCAGGAGGCACGACCUGGUCGGUACAAAUACGACGCCUAUUUGUGCUUCAGCAGCAAAGACUUCGAAUGGGUGCAGAAUGCUUUGCUCAGACACCUGGACGCUCAGUAUAGUGACCAAAAUAGAUUUAACCUCUGCUUUGAAGAAAGAGACUUUGUCCCGGGAGAAAACCACAUCGCCAACAUCCAGGAUGCCGUCUGGAGCAGCAGGAAGGUUGUCUGUCUUGUGAGCAGACACUUCCUUAGAGAUGGCUGGUGCCUCGAAGCCUUCAGCUACGCCCAGGGCAGGUGCGUGUGCCACCUCAACAGUGCCCUCAUCAUGGUGGUGGUCGGGUCCCUGUCUCAGUACCAGUUGAUGAGACAUCAAUCCAUCAGAGGAUUUGUACAGAAACAGCAGUAUUUGAGGUGGCCUGAGGAUCUCCAGGAUGUUGGCUGGUUUCUUAAUAAACUCUCUCGACAGAUACUAAAGAAAGAAAGAGAAAAGAAGAAAGACAAUAGCAUUCAACUGCAAACAGUAGCAACCAUCUCCUGAUAAAAAGAGCAGUUUCCAACUUCUCUCAAGCUACAAAUAACUCUUCACUUUGUAUGUCCACCAAGUUACCAUUUUGGGGUCCUUUUGGAGGUUCUUUUGCUUCUAUGAAAACAACAUAAAUCUCUUGAUUUUCAUAUCAA